AAACCACUAUGGCUCAUUAUAUACUUACGGUAGCAUAUCGUAAAGUCGUUAUUUGAACUUUCAGUUUUCUAUGCAAAUGAACCGACUCUUUGUCAAUAAACAGUAUUUAUUAACUAUAUUUGGAUUUCGAACGUUUGUUGUUUCUUCAAAAGCAUAUAUGAAUGUUAGGUGAAUUAAUUUACGUAGGAAUAAGACUAUACCCUACCAGUAGCGCCGGAUGUGAUUUAAGAAUCGUCUGGAUGCAAUUGAAAAGCGUUGUAAUUUACUAAAAAAAAUUAGAAAUAAAAUCCCUCUAAAGAAUGACUGAUGACGAUUCUUUUGAAGGGGACGAAUGGGAUAGCUUGGACGUGCAAGCAGUAGACGAAAUUGAGCAUGAAUUACAAAACAAUACCGUUGGGUUACAAGGAUAUUCAGUUGACGAAUAUAUAGAAGCCCAUAAUCAAGAGCCACUUCGAUUACAGCACGAACUAGAUCGAGAUGCUGCUAAUCAAUGGAUUUAUCCAAUUAAUGUGUCAUUUCGGGAUUACCAAUUUAACAUUGUUAAGAAAGCACUCUUUCAGAAUGUCCUAGUCGCUUUGCCAACAGGUCUUGGUAAGACGUUUAUAGCUGCAACGGUAAUGAUGAAUUAUUUUCGAUGGUUUCCCAAAAGUUAUGUUAUUUUUAUGGCUCCUACGAAACCCCUAGUGACCCAACAAAUGGAAGCUUGUUAUAACAUAACAGGAAUUCCACGAAAUAAGACAGCUGAAUUAAGUGGUCAAGUUCAGGUUGGCAUCCGAAACCAGUACUAUCAAGAAAGAAAUGUAUUCUUUGUUACUCCUCAAACACUUUUAAACGAUAUAAAACAUGGAAUAUGUGAUCGUACGAAAGUAUCGUGUUUGGUCAUUGACGAGGCACAUCGCAGUACCGGAAACUAUGCUUAUGUAGAGGUUGUUCGUCUUCUGUAUUUUGGGAAUAAAAACUUUCGAGUCCUGGCAUUGAGUGCGACCCCUGGAAGUAAGAUCGAUGCUAUUCAGAAUGUUAUAGAUUCGCUGCAUAUUUCUUGCAUAGAAAUCCGUAAUGAGAAUAGCAUUGAUAUCGCACAAUAUGUACAUAAAAAAGAAGUAGAUCGAAUUUUAGUGGAUUUAUCUCCUGACAUAAUGGACCUGAGGGAUCGAUUUGCAGCUCUUUUAGAACCAAUGCUAUUAAAAUUGAACCAAGGAAAUCUUUACCGAGUACAAAACGCUAGAGAAAUUAAUUCGUUUACUUUGGUACAAGCAAAACAAGCUUUUAUAGCAACUUCUGGGCAAAAUUUUGCCAAUAACCAACGAUGGGACAUAUUAAAUACGUUCGAUGCGCUUGCGACGUUUGCGUAUCCUCUCAAUUUAUUAUUGAAUCAUGGUGUCCGUCCCUUUUGCGAAAAGCUUCAGGAAAUUGAAGAAGAAUGCUCCACAGGACGAGCAGGCUAUAAGAGAAGGAUCUUGGCUAAUCCGGAAUUUAAGUCGUUGCUGCACGAUACUAAAGUUUUGCUUGAUAAUAAUGAUUUUUACGGACAUCCAAAGCUUGAACAUUUGCAAGAAAUUGUAGCUAAUCAUUUCGGUGUGGAAAAUAAAGACAACGAAAAUACCAGGAUCAUGAUUUUCGUCGAAAUUAGAUCUAGUGCCGAGGAAAUAUUUCGCAUACUAAGUCGCAGCUAUCCUACAGUGCGGCCUGCAAUUUUUAUAGGUCAAUCUUCAAUAAGAAAAACUACGGGAAUGUCUCAGAAAUCCCAAAAUGAAACAGUGAGGCAAUUCCAGAAAGGUGAUAUUAACACAUUGAUAGCUACUUCGAUUGGUGAAGAAGGUUUGGACAUUGGAGAGGUCGACAUGAUUAUUUGCUAUGAUGCCUCCGCUUCUCCUAUUCGAAUGUUACAAAGAAUGGGUAGAACUGGAAGAAAACGAAAAGGUUAUAUUUACAUGCUGUUAACACGAGGAAAAGAAGAAGCUAAGUGGGAGCGCGCUAAAGAUGCUCAUAAAACAAUUCAAGACAACAUUAUUCAAGGUAGAGGACUUGCUUUAUCUGACAAAUCUCAUAGGAUUCUUCCUAAAGAAAUUCAGCCUAUGUGUGAAAAGAAGAUUGUGGAGAUUCCAAAAGAAAAUUCCGUUCCCAUUGUGGCUUCUAAAGAUAAGCAAAAACAGAAAACAAAAAAGAAAUUUUUUAUGCCAGAAAAUGCCUUACAUGGCUUUAUACAAGUAUCAAGUCUAACAAAACCUAAGAGGUCGGCUACUGUUGAAGAUACUUUUGAAAUUACUGAAGACGAACCUACUCCCGAACAUAACGAGCAAUUAAUUUAUUAUAGACGAGUACCGAAAAGGAUGAUAGAUAUUCAUAAAGGACGAGAUUUCAAAAACAUGAAUACGACAAGCAGAGUCCCCCAUUCUUUAGCUUUCAAAUGCAUCCAGUCUUUUUUACAUAAUAUGAGCCGCUACAAAGACAACACAAUAAUUUACAAAUGGAGGGAAGUAUAUCAAGAAAUUUUGAGAGAGGAAAGCCUGAAUGACUCUGUUCACAAGAAACCAAGGAUUUCUAACCUACAAAAACAUUUUGAUGCUACUUUAGCAAGGGAUUCUAGAAUUUUAUCGAAAGGGAGGCUAGAACACCGAAAGCACCGAAAGUUAUACCCUUCGAAUAACGGCGCGGACGCAUUGAAUGGGGAAGAAAAUAUAGACAGAGAUCUCCCAAGUCUAAAUUUCACGACUUCUCAAAACCGCUCAAACACUGAUAUAAACUCUUCUUAUAUUGAUAGACAGCAUCGACUACAGCAGUUAGUAGAAAGGCGUAAACGAUCCAAAGGGAUGUGGGUAUAGAAGUUAAUAGACUCAUUUAUUUAAAUUAUUUAUAGAACCCUAAUUAUAAAUUCUUGAUUUUAUAAUCCAGU